CUGCCCUUCAUAACCAUUAAUCAGUUGUUCAACUACUAUCCCUGUAGGGUAAAAUUAACUUGCGCAUUUAAUUUAUCUUUAAAACUAGUUUUUAUUUGAAAUUAAAGGGGUGGGACUUUCGGGCAUCACCUGAGCCCUGGGUAAAUGGAGAGAACGUCAAUCAAAGGCUAAGCUCUCAGAGCUGGGAAGGAGCUUUAGAUGGCGGAUGAACCUUGGGAAGGGGAGAGCGUUGAGCCUCGCAGGGCUCUCGAAAGCACUUGUAUCUCAACUUUGGUGAAUUUUGAGUGCCUCCCGGGUCACCGUAAUCGCGCGAAAUCGUUCGUUUUAUUACGUUUUGGACUGUAGAGACGUUAAUGCGCGCGUUUUGCGACUUUGUUUCGUCGAAAACGGCUCUGGUGUGUGCGUAGAGUGGCCAGUCGUUGUUUUCCCUGCCUUGCACUGGCAGCCAUGGCGGUCCUCCAUUUUUAGUGCGCUCUGCUGGGCUCUUCUCUCUCACACACACACACACUCUCUCUCUCUCUCUCUCUCUCUCUCUCUUCAUUUAAAUAGCCAUCGGUGGAUUACUGCUAUUAUUUUUUUUUCCGAAUAUUAUUUUCGUCUCACUCCUGGAAUAUUUUAGAUUUUUUUUUCCUGUUAUGCCCAAAGUAAUAAAUCGGAUAUUUUGUUAGACGUGAAUGUACUGAUACAAUCCUCCUCCUGUCAAUGCAAUAGUUAAUACCUGGACAAAAGACCAUCAUUAACAAAUCCCAAGACAAAAUCAUGAUGAAGAAUAAGAGUAAAAAGCAGGAAGAUGAAGGCUCGACUCAAAGCAAUGCUUCCAGCAAUUCAGCAUCAGAGGAAUCUAACCGCUCUGGAUCGGAGUCUGGGAGUCAGUCUGAGAGCGAGCAAGGAAGUGAUAGAGCUCGUUCCCGGCGUUCCGAAUCCAACAGCACAUCUGAUUCUGAGAGCCACUCGGAGUCAGGCAGUGAAUCCACUGGGUCCAAAUCCCGUCAGACCUCAGCGCAGGUCAAAGACAAACCAGUCAGGAAGAAAGACAGCCUGGCAGAUGUGAAGAAGAUGUGGGAGGAACAUCCAGAUAUUUAUGGUGUUAGAAGAUCCAGUCGCAGCAGACAAGAGCCUGCUCGCCUCAACAUUGGAGCUGAGGGCAGCAGUGAUUCAGAGAGUGAAACUCCCAAAAGAAAAAGCUCACGGCAGAAAAAGAAAGAAAAUACCUGGAAAGAUGAUGACUCAAAUGACGAAGAGGAUGUUGAGGAAGAGGCCAGCAGUUCAGAGAGUGAGCAGGAAGAGAAAAAAGUUAGAUCCAGACGACUUCCUGCUAGAAGGCCACAGACCAAAUCAUCUGGUAAGCAGCAGUCACAAAAGGGACGGAAACAGAGGAAGGAGUCAUCAGAUGAAGAAGAUGAGGAUGAUGACGAUGAUGAGGAGGAGGAUACCCCAAAAAGACAAACAAGGCGGCGAGCAGCAACUAAAGUCAGUUACAAGGAGGACCAGAAUGAUUUCGAGACUGACUCUGAUGACCUUAUUGAAAUGGCAGAAGGAGCCGAGGAGCAACAGGACGAUGACAGUGAAACCAUUGAGAAGGUCCUUGAGACCAAAAUUGGCAAAAAAGGAGCUACUGGAGCUUCCACAACUCUCUAUGCUAUUGAGGAAAAUGGGGACCCUGGAGCAGACUUUGACCCUGAGAAAGAUGAAGGGGAGACUCAGUUCCUCAUCAAGUGGAAAGGCUGGUCCUACAUCCACAGCACCUGGGAGAGUGUAGAUUCCCUCUCUCAGCAGAAAGUCAAAGGGAUGAAAAAGCUGGAAAACUUCAAGAAGAAAAACGAAGAGCUUAACGCUUGGUCAGUGCUCUCAGAGAUGCCAUGUUCUCAUUUUUAUAUGAUCUCUGGAAGAAACUGGCAUCUUGAAGCCGAACAUGAACGCCAUUUUUUUACAGACUCAACAAGAACUGGGAAAUCACCACCACCUUCAGACAUUCCCUCUCAUAAAACCAGUUCCAGCGUGCCAGAGUAUAUGUGUAAGUGGAUGGGGCUGCCGUAUGCAGAGUGCACAUGGGAGGAUGGUGCAUUAAUCGGAAAGAAAUUUCAGGCCUGCGUUGAUGGUUUCCAAAACCGAAGUGCCUAUAAGACAGUUCCUUCCAAAGAUUGCAAGGUAUUGAAACAGAGGCCAAGAUUUGUGGCCUUGAAGAAGCAGCCUUCUUACAUUGGAGAUGAGGUCCUUCAACUCAGAGAUUACCAGUUAGAUGGAGUGAACUGGCUUGCUCACUCCUGGUGCAGGUGUAACAGUGUUAUCUUGGCUGAUGAAAUGGGCCUGGGGAAGACCAUUCAGACGAUCUCCUUCCUUUCCUACCUUUUCCAUCAGCACCAGCUUUAUGGUCCCUUCCUCCUGGUGGUACCCCUGUCAACCCUCACUUCCUGGCAGAGGGAGUUUGAUACAUGGGCCCCGGACAUGAAUGUAGUGGUGUACCUGGGAGACGUCACAAGUAGAAAGACAAUCCGGGACUAUGAAUGGAUCCACCAGCAGACAAAAAGGAUCAAGUUUAAUGCACUUUUGACCACAUAUGAAAUUCUACUGAAGGACAAGGGAGUGCUGGGGAAUAUAAACUGGGCUUUCCUCGGAGUUGAUGAAGCUCACCGGCUUAAGAAUGAUGACUCGCUGCUAUAUAAAACUCUGAUCGACUUUCGAUCCAAUCACCGGCUGCUCAUUACUGGGACCCCACUGCAGAAUUCACUUAAAGAGCUGUGGUCUUAAAUUUUAAAACCCCUGUUUUUGACUUUACCUCCCAUUAGGUUUGAGUCCUGGGAGGAUUUUGAGGAUGAGCAUGGUAAAGGCAGAGAUAAUGGUUAUCAGAGCCUCCACAAAGUUCUGGAGCCAUUCCUACUGCGUCGUGUCAAGAAAGAUGUAGAGAAAUCCCUGCCGGCUAAAGUGGAGCAAAUCCUCAGAGUUGACAUGUCUGCCCAGCAAAAACAGUUCUACAAAUGGAUCCUAACAAGAAACUACAAAGCCUUGUCUAAAGGCACCAGAGGCAGCUCUUCUGGCUUUUUGAACGUUGUCAUGGAGCUGAAGAAAUGUUGUAACCAUGGUUUUCUCAUCAAACAACCAGAGGAGGUUGAGAAUGAGAAAACACAAGAGCACCUACAGAACUUGGUGCGAGGCAGCGGGAAACUGGUUCUGCUGCACAAGCUUCUCACGCGUCUCAGGGAGAGAGGCAACCGUGUGCUCAUCUUCUCUCAGAUGGUCCGAAUGUUGGACAUCCUUGCUGAAUACCUGUCUUUGAAUCGAUAUCCAUUUCAGCGUUUGGACGGCUCCAUCAAGGGAGAGCUCAGAAAACAAGCACUGGACCACUUCAAUGCAGAAGGCUCUGAGGACUUCUGUUUCCUGCUGUCCACCCGAGCUGGAGGGCUUGGGAUUAACCUGGCCUCUGCCGACACAGUGGUUAUCUUUGACUCGGACUGGAAUCCACAAAAUGAUCUUCAAGCCCAGGCCAGAGCCCACAGGAUUGGCCAGAAAAAGCAAGUGAAUAUCUAUCGUCUGGUCACAAAAGGCACAGUGGAGGAAGACAUUAUUGAAAGAGCCAAAAAGAAGAUGGUACUAGACCAUCUUGUGAUUCAGAGGAUGGACACCACUGGGCGAACCGUACUGGAUAACAGCUCCGCAAAUUCAAAUUCAAACCCCUUCAGUAAAGAAGAAUUGACAGCAAUCUUGAAGUUUGGAGCAGAGGAUCUUUUUAAGGAACCUGAGGGGGAGGAAUCAGAACCACAGGAAAUGGACAUUGAUGAGAUCUUGCGGCUUGCUGAAACCAGAGAGAGCGAUCAAGGAUCUAGUGCUACAGAUGAGCUUCUGUCACAGUUUAAGGUUGCUAACUUCACCAUGGAUGAAAGCACACCAAAUCUUGAGGAGAAGCCUAUACGCGACUGGGAUGACAUAAUUCCAGAGGAGCAGCGGCGGAAGGUGGAGGAAGAGCAGAAGCAGAAGGAGAUGGAAGACAUCUACAUGCUGCCCAGAAGCAGAUCUAAAAAGAGGGCGCAGGCCAAUGACAGUGACAGUGACGUGGGAUCCAAACUGAAGCACAGAUCCUCAGCUUCAGACAGUGAAACAGAUGAUAGUGAGGAUGACAAACGGCCCAAGCGAAGAGGCAGGCCGAGAGCUCGCAAAAACAAUGUGGAGGGAUUUACUGACGCAGAGAUCCGCAGGUUUAUAAAAGCAUACAAGAAAUUUGGAGCUCCGCUUGAGAGGUUGGAGGCGAUUGCCCGUGACUCUGAGCUGGUGGAUAAGUCCAUUGCAGACCUGAAGAGACUCGGGGAACUGGUGCACAACACCUGUGUGACUGCAGUGCAGGAGCAUGAGGAGCACAUGAAAGAAAACCCUGUGGAAGCUAAAGGCCCGGGGAAAAGACGAGGCAUUAACAUAAAGAUCUCUGGAGUUCAGGUCAAAGCUGUGUCAUCAAAUCCUGCUGAAAGGAACAAAUUUCAGCUGACCUGUCGGGUGAAGACUCCACACUUUGACGUAGACUGGGAUAUUCAUGAUGACACACAGCUGUUACUGGGUAUCUAUGAACACGGCUACGGCAACUGGGACCUGAUCAAGACCGAUACUGAUCUCAAACUUUCUGAGAAGAUUCUCCUAGAUGACCCUAAAAAGAAACCUCAGGCAAAGCAGUUACAGAUGCGAGCAGACUACUUGCUUAAGAUGCUGAAGAAGGAGCAAGAAAGCCAAGAUGCUGCUAAAACGGGAGAUGAGACCAAACCCAGAAAGAGGAAACCUCGAAUGAAGAACAAGGCCCCUAACAAUGAUCUGGUCAAUGAAAUCACCUCUCCUCGUCUCUCCGACAACCCGUCAGAAGAGGGAGAGGUGAAGGACGAUGGAGCUGAAAAAACACCCACAAAGAAGAAACAGAAAAAGGAUAACAAAGAGAACAAAGAAAAAACAGGAACUCCUAAAAAAGAGAAGGAGGGGGACAAAGACAAAAAGCGUUCCAAGUCCAAAAAAGAGAAGGCCAAACCAGGAGGAAAAGGGAAGAAAGCUCAAGGCCCUGUGCACAUCACUGCAGGAAGUGAGCCUGUACCAAUUGGAGAGGAAGAUGAUGAGCUGGACCAGGAAACAUUCAGCAUUUGUAAGGAGCGGAUGAGGCCGGUGAAGAAGGCUCUGAAGCAGUUGGAUAAGCCAGACGAGGAGCUGUCAGUGCAGGAGCAGCUGCAGCACACUCGUACCUGCCUGCUAAAGAUCGGAGACCGCAUCACAGAGUGCCUUAAAUCGUACAGUGACCCAGAGCACGUCAAGACCUGGCGCAGAAACCUCUGGAUUUUUGUUUCUAAAUUUACUGAGUUUGGUGCCCGGAAACUGCACAAGCUGUAUAAGAUGGCUCAAAAGAAGCGCUCCCAGGAAGAAGAGAAAGGGCAAAAGAAGAAAGAUGAUCCUGCCAAGAAAAAACCCUUCAGACCAGAACCGUCUGGAUCUAGUCGGGACUCUACAGGUACCCAUCCUGCAGUCAACCAUCCACCUGGACCUCCCACUCACGCCCACCACAGAGAGUACAACCACCCCAAUAAAAGGCACUUUCCUAAUGACGAUAGGGGAGACUGGCAAAGGGACCGUAAGUACAGCUACCCAGGUAACAGCAAUCAGCCCUGGCAAGGGGAUCGGUAUCACCCGUAUGACUCUCACAGGUACAAGGAUCAUCAUUACGGUGACCGCCGUCCUCAUGGUGACUACCGCAGCUCAGGAGGUUACCGUAACAGCGGCUCUCCUCGCAAACGACCCUAUGAUUAUGGUAAUGAUAGAGAUCAUCGUGGCCAUCGAGACUAUUAUGACAGACAUCCAGACCCUAAGAGAAGGCGUUCCGAUGAAUACCGCUCCCCGAACUAUCACCCGGGUGGAGGAGGGCAUCCACAGGACUUCAGAAGGAUGCCGGACCACAGGGGACCCCCUGGAAACCAUGGCCCCAUGGGGCCCGAUCACUACCGCCCCUUCCACCCUGACAAACCCCCACCCCUGAUUGACCCCCGUUCCCCUCAGUCUCAGAAAUCCCCCCUUGAGCCCAUCUCACCUGCUAUGGAAAGAACUGCAGAGCAGAAACCUGUGACGGACUUUAAUUGGAACAACAGGAAGACGUGAGGUGAAUACUUGGUUAGUGCAGAGGACGGUCUGUACUGCCAAAGGACGUGGCAGAAAAGCCACCUAGGCAAUAAAUGGAGCCUCCACCAAACUCCUCUUUAUCGCCACUGUGUCCUCCGCUCUCUUCUAGGAUUCACAACCAGGUUAAGUCUGCCAUUUUGGACUGAGGAGACAGAACAAAGCGUGGUUAGUCCUAUGGACUAUGAUUGAACUUGAUAAAGUGUUCAAGUAUGCCUAAGUAAGAAAGUGCCUCAUGUAUUUAGUUUUUGUUAAGAGUCAUUAGCAGAAAGGGACAGUCCCCAAAGCAAACUUUUCUUUGAUGUUCAUGUCUUUUUGUUUCGUGUUAUUUUGGUUUGUGCAAAAAAGGAUUAUUUCAUGAAAGUAGCCUUUGUGGGAGGAGAAAAAAGGAAUCCUUUUAAUUGCACCUUCAGAUGUUGAUUCAUAUUUUUGUUGAGCUAUUCGAAACUGUCGCUUUUGCUUUCUGAAAUGCCCAGACCCUGUGAUCUUACGUCAUUUUGAGGAAAGAAAAUCAAGUAAUUACAUGUACAUUUUUGUCUUUUGUCUUAUGUGAUGAGCAACGACCGCAAAAUUACUGGAAUUGUUUUUCUUGAAUUAUCGAAUCUGCGUCUUCGCUAUAAUGCA